AUGGUGGGAGUCUUUGAGCUCUACGCCAUGCUGAAAGCGGGCAGCAUGGACUUCGUGGGCCAGAAACAGGCCUUUAACAUGCAGUUUUACUUCAUUUGGACAUCAGGCGUGAUUGGUUACAUUCACGGUUUCUUGGCGCAGAGGUUUUUGUUCACGUUUCUCUGGAUAUUUGGUACAACGCUCUUUGUGACCCUCAUGUGCCUGCCGCCCUGGCCGAUGUGGAACAGGCAUCCGGUGGCGUGGCUCGAACCCAAAGAGCGAGACGACGAUGACGAGCCGAAGCCGAAAAAGGCUCAGGACACAAGCAAAGACGCCAAAAAAGGUGGGAAGAAGAAGAAAAAUUAG